ACCUCUCUCCAUGCUCGUGAUGAUGUUGUGCGUUGACCUAUAAUCAAACUGUCUGCCAGACGUGCCGAAGCAGAAAACGCUCCCGGGAAAUGCAAGUGCGCGGAACAACCAAUUCAAACGUGACUGUCAGCAGGCCGUGGAUACGCCUAUGUACCAUCUGCCUACUGUCAUAUUCGUGCGUCGCCUGCCCUCGGAGCUCGCCCCUCGCUGAGGCAUUCCUCCAGCGCCGGAGCAGGUUGGGUACGUUCGCGAACCUUCCCUGUGCCCGAGGCAGGGCCAUCUCCAUCGCGCUGGUCCUCGCUGGCGCCGACUGCAAAUGUGUACGUACCGCACAACCUACAGAUCGCGCCCUCAGAUACCCCUCUCCCGCUCGUCGCCCUCGUCGAUGCCAGCGUACCGCGAGAUGUACGGACCCCGGAGCCCGAGUUUGGCGCUGCGAACCAGACGCGGAAGCUGCGAACGUCGUCCUCGCCGUGUCCAGGCGCAACGAUUAGCGUUGCAGCCGGCUAAGUCCAGCGUCGAUGCGUCUCCGAGGCUGCCGGAACGUUCUCUUCGUCUGCGCCUUCCUUGCCAUCCGCGGAGCGUGUCUCGCCACCGACAGCGCACUCGGUCUGCGCAUCUUCAAGUGUCCAGAUCACAUGUGGCUGUCUGCCAUCGCCCGCGCAUAUAUGUCAUCGCAAUGUCAUCGCGUGCGCAUCCCCCUUCUCCAACGCUCGGCCCACUGCGCUCGUGCCCCUUCUUGCCUAAUCCAGCACAGAUCGUCUCCUCCCUCCAGCCCACCCAAGUCAGCCUCCUCAUGAGGAACCGCGCAACUCGGCACUCCUCGCCAGGCCGGCAUUUGUGCGUCCACGCUCUGCGGUCCGUGCGCGGCUCGCUCGUUACGGGGAUCUGCCUCUAUCACCUGCCAGACGACCGUGCUCGCGUCUGGAAGUCGGCGCCGUCUAACGUCUGCUAUUUGCAAAACUCUAUUCCUGCUGACGGCGUCUCCCGUCCCACAGCGCGCCCACGCCCAUUCAGUGACAGAAGCCACACACAACAUCCCCCGGGAGCUCGCGGACGAGAGCGAGGUCGUCUUCUGCCGCCCCCGUUGCAUUCUGACAGGUUCCGCGGCUUCUUGCGGGGUGCGUCGGAUGCUAUCUCCGUCUCACUUGCUCUGACUGACACCGGCGACUCUCCGUGCAGUUACGUACCACAGGCCCUACCCCUCUCCAUGCUCGUGACAAUGCGUAGUACGACAUGCUGUUGCGGGCCUCGCCGGCGGAACUCAAACUCUGUAGCAUGCGCGCAUGCCGAGUCAGAGUCGGCGUUUAGUAACAGCCUGAGCAAUGAAAAUGCAGGUGCGUGUUUCAUGAUAGACACCGCGUGAUCAACGUACAGUCCAAGUCCAUCAACAAAGAGCGCGCGGUGGAGGGACGGCGGGACGGCGGAGGCCAAAGGGUCGAGCGUG